AUGAAGGAAAGUUACAAACAAUACACUUCUUUGUGUUGAUUUGUUUGAUAAUUGAUGGUUGUAGUGAAUGCAAAACAAAUAAGAUUUCUUUUAGCAACAAAAUACAGAUAAUACAAUAAAAAUGUUUGCACCACGCUAUAGGCUGAGUGAUGUUGACCCAUUCAUGUGCACCUGUGGGCCUUGUAGAACAUUUUGGAAGGACAAUUUUGGAGAAGCAGCAGAAUUAUUAAGAGAAUCUUCAUUAAGCAGAGCAGAUGACUCUACAACCAUACCACAUGAUCAGCGAGGUGUUAAAAUUGGAGAUCGAGUUCUUGUGCGAGGGCAACAUGCUGGUUCUAAAUUUAGAAGAGGUACAGUGAAAUUUGUGGGAGUGAUUGAUGACAAUGCCAUUGCACCUAGAUUGUAUGUCGGAGUUAAAUUAGAUGAUAAUAUUAAUUCAACACACAAUGGUGUAUUUAAAGGAAAGCGUUAUUUUUAUUGUGAACGAGGGCAUGGUGCAAUGGUAACAUACACUGAAGUACAAAAAUUAAAACAAGUAGACAAGCGUCCUCCAAUGCAAGGAAAUUUCAUGUAUCCAAGUUUUGAAGAAGUUAAGAAAAGGAGGAAAGAGAGAAAUCAAAAGUUAGUAGAACUGUAUGCCAAAGCAGGAGUGGCUCCACCUAGCGAUUUGAUGCCAACGAUAGCCAGACCAAAAACAGAACCUAUGAUACAUGUAGGAGAUCCAAAUGAUAUUGUUAUAAAGGAUUUAGAAAGGCAAAAAGAAAGAGAAAGAAGAAGAAGAGAAAUAAUGAAUGAAGCAGAUCAGGAGAAACUUGAACUUAGAAAAUUACGAAUGCAGUUUGGAAACAACGAAAAUGCAGACAGAAUGGCUAUAACCCUGAGAAAAUUACAAAGAGCUUAUGAAGAAGGAUUAGUUAUAUCAAAACGUAGGGGAACAAGGGCUGACCUUGAUUAUGAUAGUGAUGAAGAUUAAUGGAUGCUAUUUUUAUUACGAACCAUGAUAUUUUAUUGCGUAGGAAAAGACAUCUUAGUUGAUAUGCGUGUUGUUUAUGCAUAGAAAGAAGAAUGUAUGCUAGUUCCUCAUUUUUUAACCAAAAACAAAACAAGUCACUUUAAAUGUGAUAUGAGAUUGUGUAGUUGGUUUUUUUUUGUUGAAUGAUGGUAGCCAGAAAUUUUGAAAAAAGUGUUAUAGUUUAAGAAAUGUAGGUGUCAGAAUCAUGUAGUAGUAGACCUAAUCACUGUAUUGUAUGAAAUAUUAUUAUAUGUUUUUGUUUGUUAAGAGUAUAGAAGUAUGUGAAAUGUAUCAUAAAAUCAGACUUCAAUAUCCUUCACAUAUGUUUAACAAUCAUUUUAAUAUGAUACAUAAAUUUGUAAACAUAGUGAGAAUUCUUUUUUAAAAGUUAUAUAAGACAUUUAGAUAAAAAUACUUUUGUAAAGAAAUAUGAUGAUCUCAAGAAUAAAAAUUUUAUCAAAAAUUCUUUUUAGUAAAAGAUCAUGAAUCAGUAAAUUUCUUUUCUUUUCCCCUUUUGUUCAUUUAAAUAGGUGCAUAUUUGAUAGUACUGUGAAACUAUGGCACUUACUUUGCGAACUAUAUGUAUAUCUGUAUUUUUUUUAUGAAAGAAAAUUUUUGUCUCGCCUGCGACGAAAGUCAAUGAUAAGUUUUCUGCUUAAGUUAGUUUGAUAUGAACUACUUGCGAUGGACCAAUAUUAUUUUCUAUAAAGUUGAAUUACUAUCAGUACAUAUCAGUUUGAUGACUAUCCUAAGGCCCUGCCCCCUAGGUCAUGGUCCAGUGACUUUUAAUCAAUCUUCAAUGUUAAGUUUUAUGAUUAAGUUAGUUCGAUAGGAACUACUUACAAUAGACAAUAUUUUCUAUAAAGUUAAAUUGCUGCUUGUACAUCUCAGUUUAUCAACCAUUUCGAGGCCCUACCCACUAGUUGGUCCAGCGACUUUGAAUUAAUUAACAAUGUUGCUGUCCAUCAGAUUGUCUCUUUCUGAAUUUUAUGCCGACAGGCGAGACAUAUGUCUGUGUCAACAGUUCAUUUAUAUGAAAGGUUUGUCUGUGAGUCUUGUUUAUUAUUAUGUAUAGGUGCUGUUUACAUGUUUUAACUAAUAGUUUUUUUUUCAUUUGUCUAACAAGAAAUGCAGAAAGAGUUACUCUUUAUAUGUGACAAUACUAGAAUGUAAUGUUUUUAUAUACAAGAUACCAGAAAUACUAACAAAUUUUGUAUAAAAGAAGUUUUUUUCAGGGGAAUAUAAAUUUGACAUUUGUAACAAAUUGGGCAUUAUACAAAUAAUUUCCUCCUUUUAUUUUAUCCAGUACCAAAAAGCAAACACAUUAUUUUAUCGUAAUUUUCAAUAAAAACAGGGAUGGUAUCUAUUGUACUUGAAAAUAAUGGACGAAUUAACCAGACAAUCGGUGAUAACCUCAUUUUGAAAUCAUGAAAAACAUAUCAAGGACAGGGGACCAGAGUAUAAGGUGAACAGGAUAAAAGCUGCUUGAUUUUCAAAGCAGUCAUAAGUGUGCAGUGCAACAAAUGACAACAUUUAAAACUGACAUAGAAAAAGCAAGAUGUGAAUUAUUAGAGUUAUCUAACCUGAAUGUCAAAUAAUAUUCCUAAAUAUGGAAAACUUUACAAUAAGAAAUAAAUUAAGCAAAAAAUUUUCAUUUAUCAUAAAAAUUGGUAUCAACAAAGUUAUAGUGAUUAAUUUCUUAGUAAUCAUCUUAUAGUUUUUAUGAGAAACUAUCUUUAAAAGCAUAAAUGUAUAGUUAAGUUUGAGUAAGAAGUAUUAUUUUUGUUUGUAUAUAAGUGUAUUGAGUAUAAACAAAUUGUAAAUUGUAAAUUGAAACUUUUGUAAUGAAGGAUUUUGAUUAUGAAAUCUUCAAUAACAAGUCAACUCUCUGUGAUAUUUUUAGUAGGUAUUUUAACACCAUAGCUUAUUUUUGUUAUGAUUUACAACUUUUUUUUUCCUUCAACAAAUUCGUAGAAUAAAAAAACAGAAAAUAACCAAAUAAACAAAAUUAAUUUUUUUCUUUGAAAAACAUAAAAAAUAUAUAUAACCAAUCAUUUAUUUCGUCUUUCAUACCAGAGUUCUGUAUUGACAAUUGUAUUUUGCCAAUUAGCUUACUUUUACAUAUUUGUUUUACAUAUUUGUGAUAUUUUGAACAUUUUUUUUGUAAAAGAUUAGAGCUAUUACUCUAGCAUUACAGUAUAUAUUAUGCUAGUUUACACUUGUUAAUAUUUUUGGACAAUAAAUUACUCUAUUGAU